AUGGAGGUGGUGCCCAUGAUGAAUGUGAGGGUGGUGAUGGAGGGAGUGGGGAUGAGCAUUCCCAUUGAUUACAACAUUCUGUUGUGGAAGAUCAUCGUAGCUUUCGGUGUCCUCUGCGAUGCUGUUGUUAGAGCUGAUGCUAGCGGAGAUCUGAGCCGGGGUCACGCUCGUUAUCUGGAAGCCACUUUUCUUUUUCAUUUGAGUUCCGCCUGGCGCAAGAGGCUGUGCCUGCAGCUGAGCCUGCGAAAGGAGGUUCAGGCUUUGUGGAGGCGGAGGCUGUGGUCCCGACAGAGAAGAUGCUGCAGGAGGUGGCGGCUGGAGCAGCGACGGAGGCGGAAAAUCCUCGGAAGAUGGGGCACUACUACCAACGCCGGUACCUGCUGCACUGAGAGCAGAGGCGCUGCCACCACCACUGCCCCUUCGAGGCAACAUUGCCGGGUGCGCCAUCUUCCUAGCACUAAUGUCUGCAGCGGCCGAGGCCGCGGUGGACUCGGGCGGCUGGUGCAUUGUGCUGGGUACCGGGGGGCGGAGGAGGCGAGUGCAAUUUCCUUCGGCACCGUAAUCUUUGUAUGCAAGACGCCGAGGAGGAAAACGGGACCUGACGCUCCGCCCGGCGCGAUUCCUCCUCCUCCUCCUUCUCAGCCGAAGGCGCUGGCCGCUUCUGCCUUCGAGGGCGAGCUUCGGGAAGGGAGGAUGAACGAGGGUGAACAGAACAGCCGGGGACCCGAAGGGGGGACCCCUUCAGUCCUUCGCCAUUCACUUUCCCCUCUAGCCUCACACCCCCCUUUAUAUUCCGCUUCACGUGGGGUGCGGGGAAGGAGGGAGGGGAAGACCAGGGGAGGGGGGAGGCUAGGGGAGGGGGUGGGAAAGCCGAGAAAUGCCCACCUUCUCCGGACAACUCCGAAGCCACCUCCACCCCUCCUCCCGCCGCGGCGGCGGCGGCCGCUGCAAAACCCUCCCGGUCGCUCUGCACGAAGGCGGCGGCGCCGAGCGAGUGUCGCCUUCCCCUCGCCACCCCCAGCCCCGCCGCCGCCGGCGAACCCUGAGCUCAGUGUGGCUCAAACCUCCCCUCCCGGCCCCGCCGGCCCCGCUCGGCCCUCCCCCCACGCCCUGCGGACCCUUUCAAACCCCCUGGGCUCGAGGCGGCUGCUCCGUGAGGAAACGCUGGCCGCGGCUGGGGCCGGCGCGGCGAGGCUCGAAGCGGGGCGGCGGCGGGGCGCCGGGUACGGUGAGCCCAGCAACGGGGCGCGGGCGGGCGCGCAGAGACGCCGGGUCCUCGCGGAGCACGGCCGGGGCGCGGCGGCGGCGGUGGCAGCGGGAGCCCAGGGACCUCUCCAUCACUGGCAGCCAUGGAGCCCGAGCAUUUUCCUCCCUCUGGGCAGGCGCCUCGGCUCGGCACACGUCCUCGGGGAGGAAGGGGCCGGCGCCCGAGCCUCCCCGGAGGGCGGCGGGACGUGCGCUAGCGCCGACGAUGCGAGCCGCUCUAGUCCUCUUCCUCUGCAGCCGGUUCGUCCGCACCCCGCUGCUCCCGCGGUCCGGGCGGGAGGGGGCCGCAGGCGGCGGCGGCGACUCCUUUCUCGGCGGCGUUGGUGGCCAGAGGGGCUGCUGCAGCCGACGCCGUUCAAAGGAACGAGAGCAACAGCAUCACGAGUUUCAGUUCCCAGGAGUCCGCCGCCGCCACGACAUGAGUCAGGCUUUCUUCCUCGGCGCGUGGAGGAGCCCUCCUCCUCCUCGCCGCACCUGGGCUCGACCCCGGCCCGCGCGGCCCUCGCCCCCUCGGAGGAUGCCCCAGCGCUCGGAGCCGCAGGGUCCGCGGAAGGCCGGUGGCUCCUCGGGAUAGACGCUCCCUUUUGUGCGGCGCAGUUGCAGCUGCCAUGCGGUCCCCUCGCCUUUCGACGGCCACGGGCUAGCCAGCCCGGCAGAUAUUGCAGCUGUUUGCAGUUAACUGCCUGAGCUCUUCUCUGGAGAGGGAGCGCUUGCAAUCCGUCGUUACCUGGAGGGAAGCAGUAGCCCGGCCUAGUAAAUAACUGACCUCAACAGGUGGAGCUUAUCUCCAGCAGGGAUAGCAUUUCGUUUAAUUGUCCAGGCUGUAGCCUGCAUAGGUUUGACUUAAAAGACAAACUGGCCUAGUCAUGGUGGCAACACGAUGAUCAAUGAAGACUACCCUUUAGGGUUAGAAAAGAGAAAGAACCAUCUGCAAUUCCAGUUUAAAAAAUAGUAAUAAAA